UGUACCUACCUAUGUAGUAAUGAUGUAAUUUAUUAAUAAUAAAUAUUAAAUUCAAAUUCAGAAAAUUAUUGGACUAAGAAUAACAAUCGUUUUUUUUUGUUGUUGUAAUAUAACUAUAGAAGCCAUCCCAACAUAAUUUGUUUUAUUAUAAACAGUGAGUCAUAGUUAAUUUUUAAAGGUCACAUACCUACGUAAAAUAAGUUCAAUUAUUUUCUUUAUAUCAUAAGAAACAUACCGCUAUAUUGUUUUCUCGUUUAUCAUUUAUUUUAAACAGAUUUUGUUGCGUUGUAAAAUAAAUAUUAUCUAUAAUAAUUAGGUAUUAAAUAAAUUCUAUCUAAUUGCAUACGUAUACAUAUUAUAGCAGGUGAGUAAUUACAUAGAUUGGUUAUGGAUAGAAAAGAAGAGAAGAUGUUGGGAAUAUUACGCCAUAAAACGAAGAUUUAUACAGAUAUGUUGACAAAAAAUGUAGACGAUACCUUAGAGAGUACGAAAAUUCUUACUAAACGUUGGGAAAACAUAUUGUCCGAGUAUAAUGACGCGUACUUGCAUAGUCAAAUUUUGUCCUGCCAAAGAUCUUUAACUAUGCAAAUGGAAUUUAAAGAUAAAAUAAUAGAGAAAUUACAAAACGAGUUGGACGAAUGCAUAGAAUAUCGUUGUAGAACUGGUCAAAGAAAUUUGGAAUUGGUCAGUACUACAUUAGAUGCAUUUAAAAAUGAAAUUGAAGAUAUACAUCACCAGUAUCAGGCUGAAUUAGAAUUAGCACUACCUGUUGACUUGGCAGAACUAGAGGUCAGGACAAACGAGAACGAUACUUAUUGGAAGAUGCUAAAAUAUGAUAGUAAAGUGGUGCAAAUGGAGAUAGAUAAAUGGAAAUCUAACAUUCAAAAUAAACACAUUGAAAAUAUGGACAUUGAACGUGGAAGGUUCGAAACAAUUAUGAAUAAAUUUUGUUGGAGGGACUACAUAAUGCAUUACACGAAUAUGAAGGAUGUAUACACUUCUACUUUGGAUGAUUAUAAGAAACAAACUCAAUAUACGGCAAAAGAAUACUCUAAGUUUAAAUCAGUGAACGAACAAUUAUUAAGUACAACAAAAAAAUUAAAAAUUCGAAUUAAAGAUUUAUUAAAUAAAAUAAGUGCCUUGGAAAAAGAAAUGGUCAAACCUAAAUUAUUGAAGGAAUUAAAUAUAUUAAUACAAAAAAGGGAUGAAGUUCAAAAGGGUUUGAAAAAUUUUAGAAUUAAGGUCGCAAAUAAUUCUAAGCUUGGCCACAGACAAAAGUCACUACUUUGCCAAUCGACCAAACAAAUAAAUAGCAAUUUAAAAAUUAAAUUGAAGAGGGGGGAAGACAUAAUGAAAUGUAUUCACAAAUGUCAAGAAUUGGAAACAUCCGAAGACAAAGCUCAUAUUAUUCCAAUGUUAUAUGCAUAUGAAGAUAUUGACGAGCCUGAUAAUCAAUCAAUAAUGCAAGAGAUAUUGUUCAAUAUUCAGAACCGUGUGUCAGCUGUAAAGAUCGAAUGUAAAAUUAUUGACGAAAAGAACGAAAAAUUACAACGUGAAAAUAACGAUUUACUUGAAAAAAUACGUAACUUUGUAAAUCAAUCAGGAAAUGGAAACCAUAAUAGAUAAUUCCUUUAAGAUUAUAACGAUAUCUCUCUUUAAAACAUGUUUUCAUACAUUUAAUUUAUUUAUCAAUAUGUAUUGACUAUAAAAUAUGUACGAAUGAGUGCAACAAAAUAUGAAAAAUAUGGCAUUAUCGAGUGAAAAAAAAAUAAUAUAUACUAUCCCAUUGAUGACGGAACAGGUGAAAAUGCAUAGUUGUGGUUUAAGCCGAAGUCUAUCAGCCACGUUGCCUGUUAUUAACUUUAAUUAUAUUGGUUAGAUUACUAACCUAACCUAACGUAACCUAGAAUCGGCGCUGAACGUGAGCGAAAUCUUUGAGAUCGAAAAAAAGAAAAAGCACUCGAAAACCGAUGGAAUAUUAUUACCAUUAUCACCUUCAUCUUUAACUACGGAAAGACGUUUCACUUCCCACACGAGUACUCUACCACACACUUUUUUUUUAUUGAUAUCAAAAGUUUACUUAUUAUCUACACAUAGAACUGCACAAGUAAUAAGUAAAUUUGAUGUACAAUACUAUAAUAUUAAAUCUGUUAAAAUUAUAAAGAUUUAUUCCAGGCAAAAAAAAGAAAAAGUCACCCAUUAUUAGAAUACCAGUGGUAAAUAAGUUACAGGUAUAUUAAAUACUUCCGGUAACUGUACUUCGAAAUAUAAUUUAGAUAUUUUAUAAUAAAGCUAUAGUACUACAUGUAACUGACCAAAUCGUUGAUAUAUUGUUAACGACGUUUUAUUUUUUUAUUGAAGACUAUGGAAGAAUUAACAAAUAAUACUUAUUAAUUUUUUUCUUUAAUUUUCAUAUAGGAAAAAAAUUAAUUAAUUUAAAAUAAUAACUCUUAAAUUCACCUUAUUGAAUAUUGUUUCUUAUUGCAAAACUAUCUAUUAUAGUGGUUUUAGGCAAAACCAUCAACUCAUCUUUAACUAUACCUAGUUAAUAUCCACUUUUGUACUAAUAUGUUAACAUUUAAAACUAAAAUCGGCCUUUAGAUUCCACACCAUAAUAAUAUUUUAUUUAAUAUAUUCGAAUAUAAAAUAAUAUUAUAUUAAUACGGGCAAGUGCUAAGUAUAUUCCAUCACAAUAUGUUAUUUGCAAUAUUGUACUUAGGGAAUUAAAAGGCUUCGCAACACAUUUAGUUUUACAUUAGUAAAAUGUAGUCUUUGACUUGUGUUAUGGCUAUUUGAUAUGUCAAAGUUUAACAUAUUGAAGUAGGUAUCUAUUUAUCUACUAUACAUCCACCGCAACCAUUGUACACAACCAAUAACCAUUGUAAUUUAGUCUAAAUUCCUUUGCCAAUAUGCACAUGCAUUUAUAGUGUAAUUAUUGACAAAAGCUAAUUAACGGGUCCAUGUACUAACGGCUCUUUGAAAUUAUAUACUUAUUAUUAUUCACGUUGUCAUAAUAUUUUUGAUAUUCAUCAACUUGCUGGAUGAAAUGAUUUAUACUAUUUAUAGCCUGAAUUCAGAUGCAUAGAAACUUACUAUUAUUGUAUUUUCAUUUAAUGCACCGGUACAUAAUAACGGGUUCUCCUCAUCGAUUAAUUACACCGAUAGUCAGCUACUAUAAUAUAAUAUAUAGGAACAUACUACUACUCUAUUGUCAAUGUAGAAUUUAAAAUUCGAACCCUUUGUUCUACACACAAUGUGUAACGAUGUAUAUUAUUAUUAUUAUUAUUAUUACUACUAUAGCACUGCAAUAGUUGCUAGAAAUAUUGGUGUUGGACGCUGUGCAUAUAGAACUAUGUUUUUUUGCAAUGUCCAACAGAUUCGAUUAAUAGACACGAAACAUUUUUUUUUUCAUGGCUGCGAGCCAGAAUAAAGGUCAAUAUCGUAAUUUAUGUUGAUAAUGGACGAUUCAUUUUUGCAAGAACAUUAUAAUGUAAUAUGCAUUUUAUUUAGGAAUAUAUAACUUUAGAUUCAGAUUCGGGAGAUGGAUUUGUACCUGUUUAGAAUGAUUAGUUUUUUUGUGCCAAAAGACAUAUUUUAUAUUUUAAUAUCUUCAAGGUUGCAAUAGUGAAUAACAACAAUACUAUAUGAUAUAAUAUUAUUUUUUUGGUAAUGUAUUCGAUUUUGUUGGCAAAAGUUGAUCCAAAGCACCAUACAAUUACUAGAAUAGAAACUAAAUUAUAUUUAUAAAAAUAUUAAUACAUAUCAUUAGAAAUAGCUGCUGUUUCCGCUUAGGUACGUUUAUCGUAAAUGCAAUGAUUUAUCGUUAAAUUCAAAUUGAACACAUCCAUUAUAGUGACCUAGGUAGUUACUCAAUGACGAGGUACACUUAAGUAUAGAGCGUCUUCCCCGGUUUUUAACUACAAAUUAAUAUUUUAAAAUAUUGUACGACACACAUGUUUUAUUUAAAUUGUGUAAACAACUCACAUAAUUAAUUUACAUACAAUAUUGUACAUUUAAUUGAUAAAUUAUGGUUUUCUACGCUUCACAGACCUAUACGCAAUUGAGGGUACAAUAAUUUUAUGAUAUAUUUAAAAAUAUAAAAUUAUAAGGUGCGAAUUUAUUACAAGGUUGGAAAAUAACUACACGAUAAAAUUAAUCAGAGGUUGACGGAUACAAAGAAUUAUUUCUAAUAAAACAUCUACAGCUAUUGCGUUAUACGAAUACCUAUACAAUUUAAAUUCACCUAAUAAUAAUCAGUAAUUAACCAUAUAAUGUAUGUGCUGCAUUUAAUUCAUUCAUUUAUUCUUCAAAGUAGGUAUUUAAGUGUUUUAUUUUUUUAUUUCAGCAGUUUUGACAAUUAGAAAUUUAAGUACAAUUUUUUAGAUUUUAGUGUUCAAGUGAUUUUAUGUUUCAGUCAGUUUAUUGAUUUUUGAUUGUCAAAAAUUUCAAAAAUUUGUGAAAAAUCGCUUCAGAUUGUAAAUUGUGCUUAUAUAUUAUAUUGUUAUUUUGACAUGUCAUUAUUCAAACAUUUCCCAAUAAUUUACGAGAAAAAUCACGUAAAACGAUAAAUCACCUGAUAAGUAAAAUUAACAAUGGACACUGAAUGUAGAUGGAGUAGAUAAAUACGGGUGGCACUAAUAAAAUCAAAAUAAUAAUUUCAAACGAGUUGAAGAGUGAUCAGCCUGUGAUUAGCCUGCGGCGUCUAUUCGACAGUUGAACACUUAAUAACUAAAUGCCAUAAAUUUGAAGAAGACUUCAAAAAAUCCAACAUCUCAAUCAACUUUGAUGUAGCUUUGGGUCACAACACAGGAGACAUCAUCAACAUGAUCAACUUUUUAAGAAAACUCGACCUGUUCAACCGUGUUUAGAUGAUAUUUAACUAUUUAAACUCAACUCCCUACUGUAGAACCUGCAAAUAUUGUAUUAUCUUAAAAUAAUUGUUUAUAUCUAUCAAAAUGUUAAUUGAAAAAAAUGGAAUUGUUAUUGUAAAAAAUUGUAAUUAAUGGACUUUUGCAGCCUAUGUAAUUCAAGAUUAAUAAUAAAAAAAAUUGAAUGAAAAACUACAAUAAUAAUUUGACAUAACAUCACAAUAUUAUCGAAUCUUUCUUUAUCUACGAGAUUUUAAAUGUCUCUGCUUCUUUGAGAAUUUAGUAUAUUGCAAUGUGCAUGUUUAUAUACCCUGAAAACCCGAUAUACUUUUACUAUAGAUGUUUAAGAGAUGAAGACAUAGUAAAUUUAUUUGGUUAAUUUAUAUAUGGUUUAAAGUCCAGAGCGUAUGGUGCAAAUUGUGAAAAAUAAAAUAAAA